CGCGUGUGGGAACAGCACUUUUCAGACCGAUUAUAACGAGAAGAGAGAGAGGAAGACAGAUUAAACAGAAUAAACACAACUGUAGUUUUAAUCCUCUGAGCGGAUAGAUUUAGGGGAGAGAAAAAAAACUACUGGCAGCCAUAUUGCAUGGACCAUUCGGGGAAUAACAGGUCUCGUUCGAGCAGGAAAUCGUGGAUCUUAAAGUUUGUGAGAGCACAUUCAGACCCCACGACUGUGGGAUCCGCUGCCCAGCCGGGCUUGAUACUUUUACAGAACAAUCCAUAAUUCAACGAGUUUUUUUUUCUUCAUAUUAUAAUUUAUUUUAUUGUUAGAUAGUGUCAUCAAACAUAUUUUAAGAUGAAGGACCGAUUGGAACAACUAAAGGCGACACUCGAUCACGAUGAUGAAGAUGUCGAAAUUGCUGUGGACAACCCUGCUUUCAUGGACGAGUUCUUCACCCAGAUUGAAGACAUUAGGAACAGCCUUGAUAAGAUUGAUGAGAAUGUGGCUGAAGUAAAGAAACUUUACUCAGUUAUUCUGUCUGCCCCAACAUCAGACCAGAAAACACAGGAUGAUUUGGAGGCACUAACUAAUGAAAUCAAGAAAAUGGCCAACAGUGCUCGUAACAAACUGAAGACCAUUGAAAGAAAUCUUGAGACUGUAGAAAUGGAAAGAGUAUCAGCUGACAUGAGAAUACGCAAAUCACAGCAUUCUGUUCUUUCAAGGAGGUUUGUUGAUGUGAUGACCAAAUACAAUGAAGCUCAGGUGGACUUCAGAGAGAAGAGCAAAGGUCGCAUUCAGAGACAAUUAGAGAUCACUGGUAAAACCACAACUGAUGAAGAGCUUGAGGAGAUGCUGGAGGGGGGGAACACUGCCGUUUUCACAGCAGGGAUUGUGGAUUCAGGGAUCUCUAAACAAGCGUUGAGUGAGAUUGAAGCGCGUCACAAAGACAUUGUCCGUCUGGAGAGCAGCAUAAAGGAACUGCAUGACAUGUUUGUGGACAUCGCCAUGCUGGUGGAGAGCCAGGGGAACAUGGUUGAUAACAUUGAGGUGAAUGUGGGCAAAGCAGUUGAUCACAUUGAAGCAGCUAAGACUGAAACCACGAAAGCAGUCAGGUAUCAGAGCAAAGCCCGGAAGGUAUGGACCUCUCAAGUCAUUCAAUCUGAUAUCAUAAUAACACUGUCUCUGGCUUCUGCUGUUUCUUUUUUCCCCUCUCCUACCUGCCUCUCUCUCUCUCUCUCUUCUUUCACUCUCUUUCUCUCUCUAUUCUAUCAUACUUCACCCAAAAACCCAUUUUUAGGGUGGUAUAAUUGAGAGGAUUGAGAGCAACAUGGACCAAUCUGUGGGUUUUGUGGAGCGGGCGGUAGCUGACACUAAAAAGGCAGCUAAAUAUCAACAAGAAGCCCGGCGUGUGAGUUCAUGAUAAAUGUUAGGCCACACCCCUAUGCCCCAACCCAUUCCUACAGCCUCUCCCUUUACUGUCCAAACCUGAUGACAUCACACAGUGGCAUGCUUACACUCAAACAAACAUAGUCAUUAUUACUAAUCCCUGAUAUUUUUGAGUUUUCGACAGCCAGCCUCCAUAAUAUUGUCUCACAAGAUUGUUUUAUUCAUAUUUGGCCUUUUGCCUCUUGUAAUGAUACAUAUAGUAGAAAAAGUACAGGAAAUGAUGGAAUGGGUAAUGGUGCGAGUUGGAUUCAAACCACUGUAGCCACAUGAGCACCCUGACACUGUGUCAAAGCAUGUGCUCUAACCAUUAGGCCCGAGCUUCCCAAAAUAAAAACAAUAUCAAAUAAUAUUUAUCCAGUCAAUUUCAAAUGCCAAAUCCAUCCAAGUCAGAAGUGACCUGGGUUGGAAAUCUCAUUUCUUGAUAACUUUUAUGAACGCCUGAUGAACAUAAUUUUGAUGAUAGUGUUGUAUUUCUUUCUUUCUUUCUUUCUUUCUUUCUUUCUUUCUUUCUUUCUUUCUUUCUUUCUUUCUAUCUUUUCAAAUAUUCAGCACUACUUUUCUAGAACAAGUAAAUCUAUUCCAGAAAUGCAAUGUCAUGUAUAGUUUUGAAAGAUGGAGAUUUUACAUGAAAAAUAUUUUCUUGCACUAGGCUUGUGUCUUUUGUUUUUCUCUCUGAGUAGGUUAUAUAUUUGUCAGUGAAAUGUAGAUGAUGUAUAGUAGAUACUAACAACUGUGUUUAUGUGUGUUUCUUCACAGAAAACAAUUAUUAUAGUGUCUGUGGUUUUGGUGAUUUUGGCUAUUAUUGCUUUGAUAGUGGGUUUAUCUGUAGGUCUAAAAACUUAAGGAGUCUCUGGUGAGUACAUUUCAGAAGAAAGUGUGCAUGGUUCGGGAACUGAGUGUUUAUUAUGCAGGGCUUUUGGUUUAGCUCUCCGGUAUAUCUUCUCGGAUGCAAAACCUGGUUUUGGUUGGGAUUUGGGAUUUCCGUUUUGUUAUUUUUAUCUAGUGGUUCAGUUGUAGCUUUCAUUUAUAUGUUCUCUGCUUUCUUUCAGGCUUAAAUAGUUCUGUCGGGCUCUGUUUCUCUGUUUGUUCUAAUGGUAAAGGGCUUGGGUUAAAGGGGUCAUGACAUGCCUUUUUUAUUAUUUAAAAAACAGUCAUGUAUUGAUUGGUAAAACAUGAUCAUUUCCCACCCUCAUUCUGACCCUCUUGUCAGAAACAUUCAGUUUUGGUGCUACUGCUCCUUUAAGUCUUGAUAGUAAACGCCCACUGUUGUGAUUGGCUCUCUGCUCUUGACUGACCUGCUCUCUCAUUGCCAUAUCACCGCUUAACAAAUCUGGGGGGUGAUACGGAGGUGAUAAGGUAAAAUAGGCCUUGAUGUGUGUUGUUGUGGAGGUGGUCAGAUGCAAAUGUCUACCACAGUGUGACAUCACAAUGUGUAGGAAGUAGAGAACAAGGCAUUUUGGCAGCUUGGUUUCAACAAAUGCUCAUUUUGCAGUGAAGAGGAAGUUUUGAGUUCUGAAACUUGAAAUACAUUUUUGUAGUACAAAGUCCUCUAAUAUGUCAACAGAUCAAGGAAAAUUUAACUUCUCAUGUCAUGACCCCUUUACAAGAAUAAUUCACCCACAAAUUAAAAUUCUAAAUAAUUAACACUCGCUCCAAACCUGUAUGAUUUGUUUUCUUUCAUGGAACACAAAAGAAGAUAUUUAGCUAAUUAUUUUGAUAUUUACAGGCUACUUUGCCAUUGAAAGUAAACAAGGGCUUGUGGCUGUCAAGAUCCACAAUAGGACAAAAAGGACCCAUAAAAAUUCCAUUAUAAUUCAUGCUACUCAUAUGCUACAUGCUAAGUCUUCCGAAGCCAUUAGAUAGCUUUGUGUCCACAAUUUAAGUCUUAUUCACUGAAAAUGUGAAGAAAACAAACCAUACAGGUUUGGAACAACAUGGCGGUGAGUGGAUGAUGAUGGAUUUUUCUUUCCUAAGGGAGAUUUUCUUUAAACCCUUGUUCUGUUUUGCCUCUUGCAGAAGACGAUAAUACUGGGUGUGAUUGGUGUCAUUGUACUCGUCAUCAUCAUCAUUAUCAUCAUCACACAGGUUAUAUAAGAUAAUAACCUCUCCAUCAGCACUCCAUCUCCUCUGUGACUACACACAAACUCAUCUUCCUCUGU